AUGAACAUAAAAGUGCUUGUUCGUUAUCAUAAGAACUUCAGUGUUAGUUAUCGAGAAGAACGACAUAAGAAAGCAUUUCAAGAAAAUUUAGAUGAGAUUGUAAAACACAAUGAAGCUUUUAAGAACGGAAGUUCGUCGUUUAAAAUAAGCUCCAACAGUCUUGCCGAUUUGUCGAAUCAGCAAUAUCUCAAGCACUUUGUGAGACUUGUUGACAGUGAUUUUGAUGAAGCAACUGAUCAGGAAAACAUUGUCGGUGCUGGUCUCGAACAUGGCGAUUAUCCAAGUAGACUCGACUGGAGAGAAAAAGGUUUUGUAACUAAACCGAUGAAUCAAAAAUCAUGUGGAAGUUGUUAUGCUUUUAGUAUUGGACAUUCAGUCGAAGGUCAGAUUUUCAAAAGACUAAACAGAAUUAUUGAAUUAAGCACUCAACAGAUAGUUGAUUGCAGCACUGAUUAUGGCAAUCACGGAUGUGCUGGAGGUUCUUUAAGAACUACUCUUAAAUAUCUACAGAAAAGUGGCGGUUUAAUGAGAGAAGUUGAUUAUCCCUACAAUGCUAAACAAAACAAAUGUGCUUACGACCCCGAUUUGGCGAUUGUUAAUAUAACGUCAUGGGCGAUUCUUCCACGAAAAAAUGAAAAUGUUAUGAAGGCAAUUUUGAAUGAAGUUGGCCCGAUAGCGGUUUCCAUUAAUGCUUCAUUAAGAACUUUCCAAUUGUACAGUAAAGGGAUUUACGAUGACAAAGAUUGCUCGUCUAACACUGUCAAUCAUGCAAUGUUGCUUAUUGGAUAUGACGAACACAGUUGGAUUUUAAAAAAUUGGUGGGGAAGAAAGUGGGGAGAAAAAGGCUACAUGAGAAUUAAACGUGGCGUAAAUAUGUGUGGGAUUUCAAAUUACGCUGCAUAUGCUGUUGUUUAAUAAAAUCUAAAUCUGAGGCCAUCUGAAUUUCAAAGUUUUAUGCCAAAAC